UGUGUGACAUUUGCUGCAAGAAGCUAGUUUGUGAACAGCUAGCCGGAUAAAGAUGAAGAACACAGGAAGGAAAUAGAGAAUAUUUUUCCUUUUUAGCAGCUGAGCUGAUUUUCGGGUUGGACUUUGUAACCGUUCCCACGUUAGAGAAAGCAGUUUGUGUCAAAUGUAGCGUUGUGUAAAACUUCCUGUCCUGCCGAACACGUUUAUUAGUCGGCUAACGCUUUUUCAUAACUUAUACAGUAAAUGCAGGGAGUUCGUGCUGAGGUCUUGUUCUGGUUCGCUGUUCUGAGAUGUUGAUACUAACCAGAUAACUGUAGUUAAUUUUAUAUAUUGCACUAUGGGUUCACGUUAAGCUGACUUGGCAAACUGCGUUUUGCACACAAGGUUAAAAUUAGCUUUAGCCAACUAGCUCCUCACUCCCUUCUUGCUGCAGCUUCCUGACUUUCUUAUGCUGACUUGUCAGGGCAGGUGUGCUGAAAGUAGGCCAGGUGUGCUGUGGGACAGAUAGGGUGCACUGCAACUUAAUCAUAGUGUUCAUUGAGUGUAGUCCAGCAGUAUACUUCAGGGAUUUUUGUGGAGCCAGAGGUGGAAUCAUGCUGCUGUCUUUGGUUGUGCACACUUACUCGCUGCGGUACUGGUUUCCAGCCACCAUCAUGCUGGGAACAGCACCAGCCUAUCUGUUGUCAUGGGGGCUUUGGCGCGCACUGUCAACUGUUUUCCCAGCGAGUGUGUAUCACAAGUUAGACGACCGACUGUACUGCAUCUACCAGAGUAUGGUCCUGUUCUUCUUUGAAAACUAUACAGGAGUUGAGAUUGUUAUAUAUGGAGAUAUACCAAAGAACAAGGAGAAUGUGAUCUACCUGUCAAAUCAUCAAUGUACAGCUGACUGGAUCAUUGCUGACAUGCUCGCCAUCAGGCAGAGCGCUCUCGGUCACGUCAGAUACGUCCUUAAAGAUGGACUCAAGUGGCUCCCGCUUUACGGAUGGUAUUUCUCUCAGCAUGGUGGAAUCUAUGUGAAGCGAAGCGCAAAGUUUAAUGAGAGGUCGAUGAAAAAGAAGCUUCUCACUCAGACUCAAUGUGGGGCACCAAUGUACCUUGUCAUCUUCCCAGAAGGAACUCGGUAUAAUCCAGAGCUCAAGAAUGUUAUCGCAGACAGUCAGGCUUUCGCUACAAAAGAAGGUCUGGCUGUUCUGAAGCACACCCUAACACCCAGAAUGAAGGCGUCUCACAUAGCCCUCGAGACCAUGAGGGGCCACCUGAACGCUGUGUACGACAUCACAGUGGCCUAUGAGGGAACGCUGAACACCUCCGGUCAAAGAACACCUGCACCAUCGAUGCCAGAAUUCCUUUGCAAAGAAUGUCCCCGCAUCCACAUACACUUCGACCGUGUGGACAUAAAGGAAAUUCCUUCAGAGCCAGUGUUUUUCCGCAGGUGGCUGCACGAUCGGUUCGAAAUCAAGGACCGGCUGCUGACAGACUUCUACGAAUCGCAGGAUGCCGACAACAUUCGCAGGUUCCCGGGGGAGAGCAAACAUUCUCCGCUGAAUCUCUCCAAAACCCUCCCCUCAGUGAUAAUCUUGGGGGGACUGACACUGCCACUGCUGCUGACAGAGACCGGCAGGAAACUGUAUGUGAGAACCUGGGUGUGCGGGACUCUGCUGGGCUGGCUGUGGGUGAACGCUUUUCCUUAACGAACAGGCCAGAGGCUGCCACGACGACGACGACGAGACGCACAAAGGACCUGGGAGAGACGGUGCCAUUAUUCCUGUAUCGCUACAACACAAGGUGUGUUGCAGAUGCAGAGCAGUAUCCGAUAAGAGGCUCAGAGAUUUGUCUGUCCCACUGUUGACCGGAGAUACUGAGAAAUGUUAAGCUUUUUGUGCUACUCUUUCUCUGAUAUUAUUUGGAUUUGCAGCCUGAAAUGAUGAAAAAAAAGAAAAAACACACAAGAGCGGAUUUGUUGAAAAGUAUUACUACUCCUUUAUCUCUACUAUGAAAUAAAAAUAGCUACAUAUUUCUCUUAAAAUACUUCCCCCAUUAUCAAAUUUAGCCAAAUUAGUAUUGUUGCAUGCCAGUUUUUUUUUCCAUAAAUCAUUGGCCAGUUUUAAAUCUGUUUAUUAUUUUUGAGAGCAAAGUGUGCAGAAUACUCAAAAAACACAUUUAAAGAUCAAGGUCGGCUGUAUGUAACCGACGGAGCACACUAGCCUACCGAUGAUGCAUCAUUAAUUAUUAAGUGCACUGACUCAUUGAUAAUGGUUGUAAUGUCAGUUUUUUUUUAUGCCAAGUCCCAUAUCAGGAGGAUUAUGCACUUUUUCAUGUAAUUUUUUUUCUUUUUUCCCAUCGGUAGAACAAAAAUAAACAACAUGCCGUCCUCUGUAGGGCUCAUAAACAUGACACCAGCUGCAUUGUUUACCAUAAAUCUUCAUCCUGACAUCACUUUGUUUUUUAAUGACAAUGAAUGUAGCCGUAAGAAAAAAAAAGAAAAAGAAAAGUUCAUUCAUGCAUAUGUAAAAGACACCCAUAAUAAUAAUAAUAAUAAUAUCCUUUACAAAUACAAUAUGUUGUACAUUUUUAACCAGAGUCUUUGUCACUAAACACGUGCAGAGCUCACAUGGAGGAGUGUGUGUUUCAAAUGAAAAUGUUCUACCGAUGUAAAAUGUAAGUUCAACCUUAAAAUGUCAGUCAUUGCCAAAACCUGGUGUAUUUGCCACGAUGUUCUGAUAAGAGUGUCUCUACAUGUUUGAGUUAAGCAAUAACUUGUUUUAUUGCCAGCCCUGAUGACAGCAAAGAAACUUAAUGUCUGUUUUCUCUUGGAUUCUAGAAUAUUCUCAUUGUUUUUCUUUUUAUAAAUGGUUUAUUCAGUUUCAUAACUUUUAUAUGCAUUUCUUACUUUGAAUAUCAUGUUACAGUUCACAUGAUGAAAGUAUCUACCUAACAAAAGAAAAAAAAAACUGACGAAGCCAUGUUAACAGUAUAUCACAGGUUCCUGUGCACUCAAAGCCAUUUGUAUUAUAAACAUCACUGUAUUCUUAAAUGCACUGUAUGUCCAUUGUUGUUUACUAUAAUGAAACCAUUGCAUUUUCCACGAGUCACUUUACAUAGUUGCCGUCUCGUCGUCCUCUAGAGUUAGUCCGAGAUAUGUUUUCCUCAUGUGGAUGGUACAGUAAUCUCACGGUUUUUACAUGUCGCUCCGAUACCUCACUUGAAUAAUCCUUCCUUGUUCUUAAAAAGACCCUUGUCAGCCAUUUUAUAGUCAUUUUUAUCCUGACAAGAUCAGACUGUAACUCAUCAGGAAAUUCUGUGUAGACAGUAUUUAAAUGCCAACUGUUUUUGGAAACGUGUGCCUUCUCUUUGGAGGAGUCGGUCCUCAGCCGUCUCUCAGAGGGCCACAGUGGCUCUUUUCCACCAGGUGACUGCAUGGAGGCUCUCUGCUGGAGCUGCUGCUCACUGCAGCAUGUGGUCACAUUGUCUACAGCUCAUAGUGGCUUAUUUUGCUCUAAGAAUGCAUUGAUUUACACUUUUUGAGGACUAUUAUUAAAUGAUGAAACCUUUAAUGUGUGUAAGGUAUGGAAACGGGGUCAGAGUGAAAUAAUAAAGUGGUUUUCUUUGGGGAGAGUCUA